CAACAAACAUGACCUUCCACACUUUGGACUGCCACGUGUCAUACUAGCCCCAUCGCAUCUUUUAUCUUUUCCUCACUCCUUUCUAACAAACCUCGAAAUCCGCACCUAAUCUCCCAAGUGGAGCCAUUGACUGUUUUCAGGUUAUUGAAGAUUCUUGGAAUUGAAAAUGGACCACAGUGCCGAUGCACUGCGCACGGACUUGAUGACCAUAACGCGUUUCGUGUUGAACGAGCAAUCCAAGCACCCCGAGUCACGCGGCGAUUUCACCAUCCUUCUCAAUCACAUUGUUCUCGGUUGCAAGUUCGUUUGCUCCUCGGUUAAUAAGGCUGGACUUGCUAAGCUUAUUGGACUCGCUGGAGAGACCAAUGUUCAGGGUGAAGAACAGAAGAAACUAGAUGUUCUUUCCAAUGAGGUUUUUAUCAAGGCUCUCGUAAGCAGUGGCCGAACUUGCAUCUUGGUUUCUGAAGAAGACGAAGACGCGAUAAUUGUGGAGCCAUCUAAGCGUGGAAAGUACUGUGUUGUUUUUGACCCCUUGGAUGGCUCGUCUAACAUUGAUUGUGGGGUUUCCAUUGGCACUAUUUUUGGAAUUUAUACGUUAGCGGAUGUCCAUGAACCAACUGUAGAGGAUGUCCUGCGUCCUGGGAAGAAAAUGGUGGCAGCUGGUUAUUGUAUGUAUGGAAGCUCUUGCACGCUUGUGAUAAGUACUGGAGCUGGUGUUAAUGGUUUCACCCUUGACCCAUCUCUUGGUGAAUUCAUCCUAACUCACCCUGGCAUUAAGAUCCCAAAGAAAGGAAAUAUUUAUUCAGUUAAUGAAGGAAAUGCCAAACACUGGGAUGGUCCUACUGCAGCUUACGUUGAAAAAUGCAAGUUUCCAGAAGAUGGUUCAUCGCCAAAGUCUCUAAGAUAUAUUGGAAGCAUGGUAGCUGAUGUUCAUCGUACAUUGCUUUACGGAGGCAUCUUUUUGUACCCUGGUGAUAAGAAAAAUCCAAAUGGAAAACUUCGUGUUUUGUAUGAAGUCUUCCCAAUGUCAUUUUUGGUGGAACAGGCAGGAGGACAGUCUUUCACGGGCAAGGAAAGGGCACUUGAUUUAGUUCCAACGAAGUUGCACCAGCGAUCUCCCGUUUUCCUUGGUAGCUAUGAUGAUGUUGAGGAAAUCAAAGGGCUUUAUGCUGCUGCUGCUGCUGAGGGUGAAGCAGAAUGAUACUGAAAGUGGUUAAAUUUCCUUGUACUUUUGGCUACUCAGAAGCACUUGUUUUCCCAUUGUUUUUUUUUUCUCCAUUGUUAUUAGCAGGUUCUUAUAGAGAACUUCUUAGCUGCUCUGUAUAUGUGCUGAUAAAAGUGGUUAGCAUGUCUGUUAUGGUUAUAACAUUUAUUUAGAAUAAAGUAGCAAUUUAGCAUGUUACUGAUGAAGAA